AUGUCCUCGGAGGAGCGGGGAUACGCUGAAGCUAUGCUGCUGGAGGCCGGGCCGGUGUGGCUGCGGGCAGAAGUCGAGCGUCUUUCCCGGGAGCUGAGCGAGACGACCAGCGAGAAGAUCCAGGCGGCGGAGUACGGGCUGGUGGUGCUGGAGGAGAAGCAACAACUCAAGCAGCAGUAUGACGACCUGGAGGUCGAGUACGAGGCUGUCAGGCAGGAGCUGGACCAACUGAAAGAGGCCUUUGGACAAGCUUACACCAACCACAGGAAGGUAGCAGCAGAUGGGGAAAGUCGGGAAGAGUCUCUCAUCCAGGAGUCGGCGUGUAAGGAGGCCUAUUAUGAGCAGAGAGUCCUGGAGCUGCAGAACGAACUGCGGCAGACGCGCAACAUCCUGACCAAUACCCAGUCUGAGAAUGAACGCCUUGUUGCCAUCUCCCAGGAGAUGAAAGAGAACGGGGAGAUGAUGGAGCUCCAGAGGAAUCAGCUGCGUGACGACAUCAAGGAGUACAAGUUCAGGGAAGGCCGUCUGCUGCAGGACUACACCGAGCUGGAGGAGGAGAACAUCUCUCUGCAGAAGCAAGUCUUAGUGCUCAAACAAAGUCAGGUGGAGUUUGAGGGUUUGAAGCACGAGAUCCGUCGUCUGGAAGAAGACACCCAGUUCCUGAACAGCCAGCUGGAGGACGCCAUCCGCCUGAAGGAAAUCGCUGAGCGUCAGUUGGGUGAGGCUCUGGAGACCAUCAAGACGGAGCGGGAGCUCAAGACCUCUCUGAGGAAAGAGCUCUCCCACUACAUGAACAUCGGAGACACUCUGUAUCACAGUCCUUUAAGCAUUUCUCUGGAUGGCCUCAAGUUCAGUGACGAUGCCACCACAGAACCUAACAACGAUGAGGCUCUGCUUGGAUACGAGAAUAGCUUCACCAAACUGGCCAACACCAUCAACGAGGACAACCGCAUCUCCACUCCUAAGAAGGAGGAGCUCUUCUGCCCUGUGCCCAGCCUGGUCGACGACCUGCUGAGUGAGCUGAACAUCUCAGAAAUCCAGAAGCUCAAACAGCAGCUGAUGCAGAUGGAGCGGGAAAAGGUCAACCUGCUGUCCAAUCUGCAGGACUCCCAGAAACAGCUGGAGCAGGCCAAUGGGGCUCUAUCCGAGCAUCAGGAGAAGGUCAACAGGCUGACAGAGAACCUCAACGCCAUCCGUAAGCUCCAAGCCAGCAAAGAGCGUCAGUCUGCUUUGGACAACGAGAAAGAGCGGGACAGCCACGAGGACGGAGACUACUAUGAGGUGGACAUUAAUGGACCGGAGAUCCUGGAGUGCAAGUACAAGGUGGCCGUGUCUGAGGCAGGGGAGCUGAAGGAGGAGCUGAAGACAUUAAAAGCAGAAUACCAGGCCUGUCAGUCGCGCUACGACGAGGAGCGCAGCCGUCUGGAGAAUGACGUCAGGUCUCUGGGAGAUAAGCUGUCCAAUCUGGAGAGGACCACUUUUGCAGAAAGAGAAGAGAAGGCUAAACUGGAGAAAGAGCUGCGCAAGCUGAGUGAUGUGGCAGGCGAGUCCCAGGGCAGUCUGAGCGUGGCCCAGGAUGAGCUGGUAACAUUCAGUGAGGAACUGGCCACCCUCUACAACCACGUCUGCAUGUGCAACAACGAGACCCCCAACAGAGUGAUGCUCGACUUCUACAAGGAGGGCAAAGGUGGUCGGAGCAGCCCGGAGGGCCGCGGUCGGCGUUCUCCCAUUCUGCUGACCAAGGGUCUCUUCCCAGAACACGGCAGGGCUGACCUCAGUGAUGGCGCGCCCUCACCCGUCUCCUCUCUCCCCUCCCCUGUGUCGGACCACCGUCGUGAGCCCAUGAACAUCUACAACCUGGUGGCGAUCAUCAGAGACCAGAUCAAGCACCUGCAGCUGGCCGUGGAUCGUACCACAGAGCUGUCGCGCCAGCGGGUAGCAUCUCUGGAGCUUGGCACCGUGGCAGACAAGGACAAAGAGGCCUGCAUGGAAGAGAUCCUCAAGCUGAAGUCCCUGCUGAGCACCAAGCGGGAGCAGAUCGCUACUCUGCGGACUGUCCUCAAGGCCAACAAGCAGACAGCUGAGGUUGCUUUGGCCAAUCUGAAGAGCAAGUAUGAGAACGAGAAAGCCAUGGUGACAGAGACCAUGAUGAAGCUGAGGAACGAGCUGAAGGCUCUGAAGGAAGACGCUGCUACCUUCUCCUCUCUCCGAGCUAUGUUUGCCACACGCUGUGACGAAUAUGUCACCCAGCUGGAGGAGAUGCAGAGGCAGCUGGCUGCAGCCGAGGACGAGAAGAAGACCCUCAACUCUCUGCUGAGGAUGGCCAUCCAGCAGAAGCUGGCGCUGACGCAGCGCCUGGAGGACCUGGAGUUCGACCAUGAGCAAACCCGGCGCGGCGGCAACAGCGGGCGUUCCAAGACCCGCAGCAAGGCUGCCGGCACCACCGCCAUCAGCAACCCCCACGUAAGUCAGAGUCUCACCUGCUCUGGCUCCGGCCGUCCCGAGCUCAACAACGCCAUGCCCAAUGGCAUCCUGGGAGGCCCUGCCAUCUUCUGCAGUGAGAAGUACAAGAUCUACUGCGACUGAGAGGCUGCUCGGACGUCCAGCUGGACUGCUGUGUACAGAGGACAGGGAGGGGGACCAAACCCUCCCUGUCCUUAGUGUAAAAGAGCCCCACUUGCUCGCUUUGCUCCCCGGCCAGCCUGCGCUCCUCUAGGGACUGCUGCGUUACUAACCGGCUGCUCGUUUGUGCUCGUGUAACUGCUUAGGGGAAUGCAGAUGUAUGUACAGUGUGCUGUGGACUGUAGUAGACAUAACUGGCAUGUGGGUUCAAAGGCCCUGGUUAUAAUGGGGGGGUGUUGUGGAUUUUAUGGAGUGUCUAUUCUUUCCGCUGUCAUGGUGCUGUACCUAUGAUGUAAAAGGUUGCAGCUUCUGUGUUUAUCUGUUCUGACCCAGUAACAUAAACACAUGGUGGGGGUUGUGGAGGCUUGUAGAGAUGUCGGACUGAACGACAUCCUCUGUUUGGCGUGUCUGUCGGUGCUCCUUUGAUGAAAAUAGCCCUUAACCUCUCUCCCUUCCUUUCUAUCCUGACCAGGGACUGCUGUAUGCAGCAGCCCAUUUUUUAAAUCAAGUAACUGAUGUUUACAAGAAAAUAAACUAAAAUAUGCAAGUUCCCUCUGCUUUGUGGCUAGGGGAGCAUCAAAACGGAUCUAUGUACCAAUUUAAACUGAGAAGGGGGGGGAAAGGUUUCUUGGUUUUAUAAUGAAAAGGUUCGGGCAGAAAAAAGGAGCACCUGUGACCGCAGGUGUAUAUUUCAGGAUCAGUUUAAAGCUGUGAUGCUAGAACACCAAUACAAUAACAUCGGUAGGAUUGCAUGGCUUUGCAGCUGAAAGCGCUUUUAAAAAAAGAUUUACCGUUACUUUCUGUCAUCAGGUGUGUUAUCAGACGAACUGCAGGGCUCUACAUUGCAAAAAUCCCAGUUAAUUGGUGUACGGUGAAAACACAGGAGGGGCUGUGAGCUCCGCGCGACCCGACAUGUCGCAUUGGGUCCGAUCAGAGCCAUAUCACAAGAGAGAGAGAAGGAGAACGUUUGACAAAUCGAUCUUCGUAUCCAAAUUAAGUGCACUUCAACAUAGGUGCCUCAGGUUACUUCUUCUGUUUUACUGUGAACAGAGACACAAUAUAGUUUUGUUCAAAGGUUAUUUUUUAAAUAAUCAGCGAAAUUCUGGAAGAGCACAAAUUAUUUCAAGAGGAACUUCCUCAAAUCUGGAUUAAGCAAAACCGACUGCUCGGCGAAAGUGCCUGUCGACGCAAACAUUCAGUGUAUUUAUCUGUUGAUGAUGCAAAGCCCUGUCCUCAUGUCUCGGCUCUCCCACACUCAUUAUCAUGUUCCUGCUUUACCCGUAGGAGAUCACGCCAUAGAUUUCCAGUAUAUAAUAGAGAACAUAAAGUUAUGUGACCGAGUAGGCAUGGGCCGGUACCAGAUGUUCAUAGUUUAAAUGAUAAAAGGUAAAUAGCCUGUAAUUGAAUAGCACAUUCUUCAAGACCAGAGGACCCCAAAGUGCUUCUUGCUACCUUUAGUCAUUCACCCAUCCUGAUGGUUAGAAGCUACAUUGUAGCCACAGCUGUAUAAGAUUGAGUAAAAGUACCACAAUUUGAACUCAAAAAGAAAAAUGUAUAGUGUGGCUCAAAAUUAUUGAAUUGAACUGAAAAUUAUUCACAUUCCUACCGGACAUAGAUUUAAAAUAACUUUCCUUCAUCCAGGAAGCAACUUCCUGGAUGUUGCAACAGUCUCCCAAAUGAAGCAACAGUCUCCCAAAUGAAGCAACAGUCUCCCAAAAGACAAAACUAAGUUCAAAGGCAUUUUUGACUUUUGAAGAAAACCAAUUUGUCUUCUUAUUUAUAAAAUGUCAUAUCAAAAUAUCCAUACUUCUAAAUAAUCAAUGGAAAAGUCUUUCUUGGGAGCUAAAGGCUUGUCAUGAGUAUUGACACACUGAUAUUUUGAGCAUUUAGAGAUGAUAAAAGUCCUCAAGUUAAGACUCUGGCGGCUUCAAAACAUUACUAAACCAUCACUUUAAAUCUACAUCUGCCAGGAAUAUGAUUAGUUUUGAACACAAUUCUAUAGUAUGAUCAAUUCUUCUUGCUUGAGACAGAAAUCAAUUUAUGUUCCUAUUGCUCCUAAAACCUGUACAUAGCCCAUAGCUAUAGAUGUUAGAGGAGCAUCGUUAAGUUUGAAACCUAACAAUGCCCAUACCAGCCCAUGCCUACUGCUAAAAAUAAACUCUCCUUAUGUCUUCAAGUGUCUUGUUAGCUAUAACCACCUUCUCUCUCGUAGAUUGUCAGCAGCUUGCUCCCUCAGCAUCACCAAUCACCCUUUAACUAGAAAGAGGACUUGUGAGGAAAAUAUUUCUGUCAGGUAAUAUCCUCUCGUUAAGCUGCGUGUGUAUAAUAUCUCAGUGUUGGAAGUGAAGGGGCCCUCGUGUGUGUAUGCGUGGGUAUGUGUGUGCGCGGUAUGUUAUUAACCAUUUGCACAACGAGGGCCUCUCUUUUCUGUGUCGUUUGGUGUGCGAGAACGACACCGCACACUGUUUUAGUAUUUACAAUAGCUUUAAACCAUUGCAAGCUAGUAUUAAGCAAAUAGUAAAAAAGAAUAAAAGUGGGGCUUGUGUUUAUUAAAUCCAUGUAGUGCUUGUGGAUCAUAAACAUGUUCACUUUAUGAUGUUAAAAGCAGGGUUGAUGGAAGGUGAUCCUGCAAGGUUUUUUAAAAAUUGUACCAUUUUCUAACUCUGCAAAGCUCUAUGUUAAACUCUAUAUUCUUGAUAUAAUCCUUCAGGUGGUGAUCUUGCAGGAUCCUGCGACAGUAUUCCACCAUCUUUGAUACAAUGCGAUGCGGAUUGAUUCCUAAUAGUAAUAAAAAGGAAAUCUGUUGAUCAACCCUGCUUGAGCGUGCAUCAGUAGGCCACAGCAAAAGCACUCGAGGCUGUUGUACGACGUAAUGAAAAAAACGAGCCUCCUUAGAGGUCAGUUACUUCUAUGUUUUGUAAUCACUCAGCAUACAAGUAGAAUGCAUUCAGUUUCUAUCAGUUUGUGCUGAAAAGGAAGGAGACCUACACGUUAGAUGGGAAAACCAGAUGUCUGUGUAAUAAUGUGGAGAAACAAGUCCUGGAUUUUCCAGAGGGAAAACCUCCUGGUGAUAUUUAGAGGCAGGAAACCGAUAAACGGUCACUCAGUUGACCCAAGGACAUUGAUUGAAAUGAUCUAACCUUCUCCCAUGUAUAGGCUCUGUGGUUUCACUGAGCUGUAGAUAGAUCUCAGGAUGUGAUCGUGACUAGAAUCCUUAGGCGAGUGUCGACUGCCCCGUCGAAUUUGAAAUCAAUGUGUUUUAACUCAUCUGGUGUCAUUACAAUACGGCACCUGUGCAGCUCCUCCUACCUCUGCCUGCAGGCUUCUCCCUCACCACCUCUGAGUUUUCACCUUAAAUCAUGUUUGUAUUUGUUCGUUAAAGCCUGCAUGUGAAAACGUUACUCGUUUUUUCUUGACCCGCAUGGCAUCUCUCUGUGGCUUCAUCGCUGUCUUUAGAAGAAAGGUUCACAGUACUUGUGACAUUUUUUGGCUUCCUAAUUGCAUUUGCAGGGUAAAAUGCAGUGUGUGCGCAGUUCCAAUUUUAAUUUAUUGGAAAAGCUUCAAAAUGAGACCGUAUUUGGCUUUGAGCUCCUAAAAUCGACUUCUGCUGCUUUGACUAACACUGGCUGCAGUCUUCUUCAUCACCUGACUUUACUGACAGCUGCUUUCAGACUACCUGAACGCUAACAAUGCUGAUCGUUUCUUUAUGUCUCCAUUUUUGCAGUAAUUUUACAGUAAUUCCUCAAGGACGACGGCGUACCAACACAAAGUUAUCCCUCGCAGCUCCAAAAGCUCUUAGAACUGUAGCCGAUUUGGACGUGAAGACAAAAAAAAAAAACUAGCCUGCCUUCUACAUCUGAACACUAAAAUGUGGCACAUCAAAUCUUUUUUUUUUUUUUUUUUUAAAUAGUGCAUCGCUGCUGGAAGCAAACUUCUCACAAGUCCAGUGAACAUUCUGAAACAGAUUCUGAUUGGCUAAUCUAACCGUCCAAUUAGAAGCCAGGGGACAUGUGGCUGUUUCUCAUUGUAAACAAGCUGUUCUUAUUUUACUUUUUAUUUUUAUUUUAGUUUUUCUCUAUGUGCACUUUGAUUAUAUAGGAUUAUUACAUAUUAUUGUUAACCUAAUAGGAAAGCGUGGUAGUACUAUGGUUUGUGAGUCAACCAACGUAAGUUUAACACAGAUUAAAUAUACUAAUUACUUGAGAAAACGCUCCACAAACCAUAAGAGUACUAUUAUGGAUCUGUCCUCAAGAUUUUAUCCAUCAAGUAACCAUUCUUAACUUGUUUUGUUACAUUUUACAUGUUAUGUUGUUGUUUUUUUUCUUUGUAUGUUCGUUCUACUGCCAUGGUCGAUAUAAAAAAAAUCCAGGGUGAUCAAAUUCUGGGGUUUUUUCAUGUAUUUAUUAUUCCUAGGAAUAGUACAAAAAAAAUUUUACGCAAUGAAACUUGACAACGCUCUGAUUCAAAUGGGUAAGUUGUGUUGGGGAGAUAAAAUUCGGGUUGGCGUGACGAGAUUUUCUCCGAGCUUCUUACCAAGGGCGUUCCAUCGAAACCGAUCACUGGCCUUCAGAAUUCUCUGCAAGUUGCGAUUAUUAAAUUCCAAAUUGGAAUUGCUUCAUUCUCUCUUCGUUUAUCGUGCCAAAUGUUGGCACACCGUUUAGGUCGACAAGAAUCAGAACUCGGAAGGAAGACGAGGCAGCCGCGGCUCUCCGUGCGAGCAGGCACCUGGGCUUUUGGGGGUUUUUUUUAUGUUCAGUUGGUUUGUUUAGUUCUUUGUUUCUGACCAGUAGUGCCUUUCAUUGUUUCAAGGGAGAAUCUUAGAUUAGGAUUUUGCGGGGGUUCUUUUUGUUUGUUUUUUUUAUAGGUGAGAAACAUGGGGUUUGAACUGACUAUAAGCAGCAAUAAAGAGAAAAGUGAUUUCAACCCCUUUUUCUGCGUGAGAGAGGUAGUAGUUUUAAAAUUAGCUCAAUAACUAAAAUUGUAUUGAAUUGUGCAGGUCAGUGAUCAAAUAAUUCAGGGGUAUUAAGAAAAGGUUGUUGUUUUGUUUUUGUUUUUUUGUUGUUGUUUUUUUUUUACCAAGCUUUGGGAACCAAAAGAGUUCCUCUGGCCUCCCUCCUGUUGUUGAACUAAAUGUGCUGAGGGGCAAAUCGGUGUACAAUUGGAAACAUCUACGCAUCUCUAGCUGUGUUUGGUGAAGGUAAUGUGAUCUUAAUAGUAUUGUUGGGGGGGAAAAAUGUGCUUGGAGCACAUUUUUUCUCUUUUCUUUUUGUCUCUUUUUAAGCUUGUUUUUUAUUAUUAUCUCUUUUUUUUACAUCAUGUUUUCAACAUUUACGUUUUCAGUAAACAGAAAACAAAAAUUUGCAUCAACAAGCUUGAAUAGUGCCAUUACAGCCAAUGCUUGCUUGUUGAGGCGUUAAAAGUUACCAAUAUGGAGAUAAAGCUGAACAAUUAAAGUGCAAUUCAGAUGCUGUUUUACUUUUUUUAUUUUUUUCAAAUGAAAAGUUUUCUGUUUGCUGGAAGCUAUAGCAUUGUGAUAAUAAAAUUAGCAGUGCAAACUAUUGUCAUAUUGUCUUUCAGUAUUGAUCCAUAAGAGUUUGAUAUCUUUAUAUAAAAUAACCACUUCACCUGUAUGUUGGUAUUUAUUUGAACUGUCAUGCAGUACUGUAUUCUUAUCAAUAAUGUGCAUUAUGAUUAGUGGCAUAUUGAUUCCAGCUAAAUGUCAUAUGCAUGUUCCUCAGUCAUGGGACCUUUACACAGGAUUGAAAACAAACAUGUUAAGUUUUGUCCGAGAUGUUUUGAAAGAAAAAUAGAAGAAAAAAUAAAUAAAAUAAAGGAAUCGAGUUGAGUUUGAUGUAUUACUGCUGAAUUAUUGCGCUAAAAGUGUUUGUUUUCGAGUUGAGAGGUGGGGUGGCUGUGUAAGGGGAGUCAUACUGGUUAAAAUCAAUAAAUGUGACUAAGUUUCA